AUGGAAUCUCCGCCGGACGGCCGUGUCUCCGCCUCGUUCGAUGACGAGGGCCUCGAGUGGGAAGCCGAGGAAGGCGCGUCGGGUUCGUUCUCUUCUUCUGCCUCGGCGCCGGCCUCCGCCGCUGCGUCGGAAUUUCUCUCGUCUUCUCUCGCCUCCUCCUCUGCGCCCUAUUCGUCUCUGCCUGACUCUGCUUCUUCCUCCUCUUUCGCGGCGUCUUUCUCCGCGUCUUUUUCGGCCGAGCCUGAGCUGUUCCCCUGGGGGGAGCUCGCGCAGGCCUGCGCAGGCUGCGAGGCGCACCUGGCGGUGCUCGAGGCGCUGCGGCGGCGCUUCCCCGCCGCAGUUUGCGUCUCCACAGCUCUCUCCGCGUCCGUCGAGGGGGCGUCGGCCUUCCUGCUGAACUUUGCGGCGCUGCACUCGCUCACACUCUUCGCAGUCGGCGCCCACCCCAAGCAGGGCGGUCGCGAGGCACGCCGGAGGAACUGGCGAGACGAGCUGGAGCCGCUGCGCGAGGCGGGGGGAGGCGGCAAGUUUGGCAUCGAGGGCCUCCUCACCGACCGCGACGGGCGCACGCGCGCGCACGGCAGCAGAGACCGCCCCGCCGAGGUUCUCUACUCCUGGACGGCGCCCGAGGAGGCCGCGGAGUCGCUGGGCGGCGAGGAACCCGGCGAGCGGAGACAGGGCAGGCGCAGUCUGCCGCGUUUCUUCGCGCUGUCGGUCCCGCUGCCUCCAGCGGAGAUUCUGAUGGAAGCUGCGCUGCUGGCGCGGCGCCGCGAAGAGCGAAAAAACCGCGAAGAAGCCGCCAAGAAGCAGCUGCUGCAGUGGCGGGAGAAGAAGAUCUUCGUGCACAGCGCCAUGACCGACGUGCACGACUUUAGCUACGACACGACCAAACAGCGGUUCCAGACCACGCCGCUGAAGCCCCUCACGCUGGCGUCGCUGGCGCGGCUCUUCUGCGACAGCUCAGUCUUCGCCUCGAUGUACAACCGCCGCUACUACGUGCUGCAGCAGCGUUGUCUGCUGCACCCGCUGCUCACGCUUCACGGCCGCGAAGGCCCCAGGAGCGGCCGCAGCCUCCCCGCCUUCGCUCUCGGAGGCGAUGAGAAGCGGCAGGAAGACGAGAGCCUCAAGCGCGUGAUUUCGGAAGUCGACGGAGCCACGCGCCGCUCGGGUCAGCGGCAGCUGCUCAUCGGCGUCCUCGGCCGAGACGCGAACAAGGAGCUCGCGCUUCAGGGUCUCUUCAGCGACAUUCGAAUCAAAUUCGAGAAGGGGUUCGUUCCGCGUCCGGGUUUCUUUUUGGAGGGUCACGUGGUUUUGGCUGACGGCUGCUUCAGGAAGGACGACGAUUUUUUCCACAUUCUCGACUUGUCGCAUCCGCCGCGCUGCCCGGCCUCGGAUCGACUGGUGUUGGGGCGCCGCGCAGCUGCAGCUGCAGCUGCGCGCGCGGGCGCGAAGAGGCGGCGGUGGAACGGGUCGGGAUUGUCACUUGGAGAAUCGUGGGAGGGCGUGCCGUUCUUCGAGGACGCGGAGGACGAAGACGACGGCCUCAUUGCGCGGCAGCAGGCGAGCUCGAUGUUCGGGGGUCUCCUGGGUCUGAACGAGCUCGAGGCGCUGGAGGCCUGGCGAUGCGUCGAAGAGGAGCGCGAGGACGACCGCGAAGAUGGCGAAGAUCUGCGCGAGUUCCUCCCGCUGUUGGUUCCCGCCCUGCAGGCGAACGCCAGCGGAGAGAAGCAGCCGAGCGCGGAGAAGAAGCGCAGUUCGAAAAACGAGAGGAAGGAAUUCGUGCUGGACGUCGACCCCGAUGCCCCUGACCCCAUGGCCUGGGUCAUCAUUAGUGAAUGCCACUUCAACGACCCCCGAGACCUGCAGCUCCUCGACGCGAUGCUCUCCACUUUCGAGAGCGAAGGCGAGUAUCCGUCUGGCUUUGUCUUCUUGGGGAACUUCUCGGCCUCGUUCUCUGGAGGAGAGGACGCCUACAGCGCGGGCUUCAACGCGCUCUUCGAACUGCUCACCUCGCGAUACCCGUCUUUCGUUGCCAGGUGUCACUUCGUCUUCGUGCCGGGACCCGACGACCCUUCGUUCGCGCGCGAGAGCUUGCCGCGUCUACCUCUCACGCCCCCUUUCACAGCCGACUUCCAGCAGCGCCUUGAGCGCGUCGUGCCGGCAUGCAAGGGGAAGAUUUUUUUCACGACAAGCCCUUGCCGAAUUCGUCACUUCACUUCGUCCAUGGUUUUCUUCCGGCACGACGUCUUCAAGGCGCUCUCGCGAGAUGCUUUGUUCUCGGGCGGACGCAAAAAGGACACAGAGGAGCCGACGUCAGUUGACACGGACAUCGUUGACAUUCUAUAUAACACCAUAGUUGGUCAGGCGCAUCUCUGCCCGAUGACUGCCGACCACCGACUCACGAAGCACAGAGACCAGAGUCUAGGCCUCUUCCCCAUGCCUGACCUUGUUUUUCUCUGCGACAAAUCCGCACCCCCGGUGAACAAGAAAGACCCGAAAUUCCCUGAUGAAUUUAUUUUCGCCAACGCAGGUGCAUCGUUCAGAGAAACAAAGGCCUUUUUUAUUUAUGAAAUGGUGACGCACCAACUGACGAAGUACCUCGUACCUUCGAAAUGA